CUCAUGGAAACCCAAUCUAACUUAACGCGCACUUACUGAUCUUUUAUUCAAGUUGUAGAGUUCACCACGAAGUCAAAUCUCAAGCGCCAUCUAGAGAAUAAGAACAUCCACAACACCCCAUACGAGCGCAGGCGCGACCAGAAGCGCUGGCAGGGUCAUGAAAAGAAGCAGGUCAGCCGCGAUGAGACAACUUUACGCAUGCGCAAGUGGAGAAACUGCAAUCCGGAAAAGAAUCGCUUCAACGACAUGCGUUGCCGCGUAUACAGAAAUGCUAGGAAGAUUUAUGGAGAUGCAUACUCUGAGGCCAAGGAAGAGUACAUCAGAUCCGAGAUCGAGCGGCGUAAGCAAAACAUGAUCAUCCGCAACAGUCGUCGCACAGAAUGGGCCGGUCAGCCAGCCAGCAGCAGUGGUUCUACGGCAGAUCCAUCCACUUCCACUUCCCCCUCUGCUUCACCAGUCUCCUCCACUACUCUUGGAGGUGUCGGCUUCCAAAUGCCAGAGUCUGCUUUCAUGUUUACCAGUUCAUACGGGACUAAUUCAUCCUUAGCAGCCUCUCAGCAGAUCCCUGCUUACGGCGCCACUGAUGUUUUAUUAAAGGCACAGGAUUCCUCAAAACCCGAGAAGCAGAAGCCCGAUGAGUCUAAGUUUCUCCAGGACCUUAAGGAAAACCGACUGCCCCCUCGACGUCGCUCGCGUUCAGCGAUGCACAGCACCAUGAACAACUCUAGUAGCCAGGCUAUUGACGCCAGCCGCUCUACCACAAGCGGCGUCCCCACAGACACUGCCAGUUCUCUCGCUUUUGAGGCUCGAGGUUAUGAUACCUUCGGACCUUGGGCUUCGUACGCGGAUAACAUCACAGAUUCAUUUGAUUAUACAUCCUCUGGUUCUCAACAGCCGGCAUUUCGACGUGUUCAGAAGCAACGCUCUGCAACUGAUAAUCCCGAAUUUGGAAGUACAGGCGCUUUCGGAAGCUUUACAGAUGUCAUGGGUGAGGGAUCGUACCAGGGCAGCUACAUGGACUCGAGCCAGCAGCUGCAGAUGCUCGAGCACAAGUACAACUCUAGUUCGCUUGGUCAAAGCCUGUUCUUCAAUAAGAACGAUGUUCAGAAGCAAUCGCAGCAGCAGCACGACCAAGAGAGCCUCGAUUCGGUGGUUGAAGCGAUGGAAAUCAGCCAAGCCGUUGUAGGCACCACGACCUCUGUCGGCGGAUUGUAUGGAGAUCGCGAUGCCUCUGCUUGGCUGACACCGUCUGCGACCUACAACGCUCACAAUCUCGCGGAUCCAGUCCAGUCCGAGCACGAAUCGAGGGGGUUCCCUUUCCCCGUCAUUCGAGAUCGUAAAGAACUUGCUCGUGCCGCCGGUAUCCGUUUAGAAAUCCCAAACCAGCAUCAACUGAAAGCGCAUCACUGGAUCAACGCCAUCAGUGAUACCGGCUCUGGCGCGAAUGGAGAUGAUAUGGUCGGAGGCUCGGCCACUUCGCAAGAGUCUUCGGGACUGAGCCACCAGGGGCAUUCACCAUCAGAAAGUUCGCCCUUGUCGGCAGCCCUGCUAUCACCAUUGCGCGGCGCCCGUUAUUCUACUCAGAGCGACGAUAACAGUAACAGGAACAGGGAUGUAAAUGCGGAAAACGAGGAGGACAGCGGCGACGCGGAGAGGAGCAACAGCCAGUACAGCAGUCAUGUUGCCAACACCGUGGGAAUUGCCAAAACGAAGGGUUCCAAUCUAGAUAUCUUCAGCAUGCACUCUGUUCCGAUGCCGCUCUAUAGCCAGAGUCUUGGCUCCUCAGAAAGCGGAUUUUUCACCACAGACGCAUCUUCCCUGGGCGAGACGAAUUAUUUUGCCAAUUACCAAGGCGUGGCGAGACGCCAUAGCACUGCCAUGGCUAAUCUUUCGUCGCUGUAACUUUUUUCUUCUUCUUAUCAUUCUUCACUUUUUGUGUGUACAUUAUUUGUAAGAUACUCUAUUAU